AAGGGAGUGAGUGUGUAAAGUGAGUGUAUAACAGGAAGUGAGUGUAUAGAAGGUAACCAGUGAGAGAUUCUUUGAACUGUAUAUCAUUUAGAAUGAGGGUCAGUGUAGUGCUGCUUUUAUUUGGCUUAACUCAAUUCCAGCUCAUUAAAGGUGAUGAGCAGCUUGCAGUGGAGGAAGUAGAGGCUGGAUCAGGCAGGCUUCAGACCAAAAGCUAUGGGGAAGGGUCAGGCGUCCUUGCCGACCAAGCCACCGUUCAGUCUGAUGUGUCGGCUGAGCUGAGACAGCUGAGGGACAUGGUUGUGGAACAGAAGGUGAAGCUCCAGCAGAUUGAAGAGCUGAAGAAAGAAAACGCAGCACUUGAGCAAAGGUUGGCCUUCACUGAACUCGAAAUAAAAUCACUGAGAGAGGAGAAAACAAACACUCCAAAGGUGGCGUUCUCGUUUGGUACAGGCAUAUCUGGCUCCCACGGGCCUUUGAGCACAGACUCAAUUCUGGUUCUCAAUAGAGAAAUCACAAACAUUGGAAAUGCUUUCAGUCCAAUAACGGGUGUUUUCACUGCACCAGUGAGAGGAGUCUACUACUUCAGAUACACCAUGUCUGGUCACAGCAGCGCACACUGGACAACUGUACAUCUGAUGAAAAAUCAGCAAUCAAUAGUAGUUGCAACAAAACCUCCAAAAGGAACUCAUGACUACGCCGCCAGUGGUGCAACCCUGCUUCUGGAGAAAGGAGACCUUGUUUAUCUUAGGCUUCCAGCUAAUUCUCAGUUUUGGGACGAUCAAAACAAUCACUUCAGUUUCAGUGGCUUUCUGCUCUUUCCCAUGUAAAAUAUUUUGACUAGUGAAGAAAAAGAGAAAGCACAACUUCACAUGCAGAUUGCAGUAUGUAACAGACGUUUUUGGUUACAGGGGAAAAAAAUCAUAUCAGCAGUAAAGAGAGAUAUUUUAGUUACAUAUCAACUUAGAUCAUAAUGAAUUUCACGCUGAAUUAUCUUAAUGUUGUAAAACAAUAAAGUUCAGACUUUAGUCUAAUCUGUUAUUAAAACAUUUGUAUUUCA